AUCUCUCUCUCUCUCUCUCUCUCUCUCUCUCAACAAAGCGUUACAGAGCAGAAGUAGAAGAAGAAGCGAGGGUGAGACAUGUCGGACGAUGAGAGAGGCGAAGAGUACCUCUUCAAGAUUGUGAUCAUCGGAGAUUCCGCCGUCGGCAAAUCCAACCUCCUCACACGCUACGCUCGUAACGAGUUCAAUCCGAAUUCUAAAGCAACGAUCGGCGUCGAGUUUCAGACUCAGAGCAUGGUCAUCGACGGGAAGGAGGUCAAAGCUCAGAUUUGGGAUACCGCCGGCCAGGAACGCUUCCGCGCCGUCACUUCCGCCUAUUACCGUGGCGCCGUCGGAGCUCUCGUCGUCUACGACAUCACUCGUAGCUCCACCUUCGAGAACGUCGGUCGCUGGCUCGAUGAGCUCAACACUCAUUCUGAUACAACAGUAGCAAAAAUGCUCAUUGGAAACAAAUGUGAUCUCGAGAGCAUAAGAGCAGUGAGCGUUGAGGAAGGCAAAAGCCUUGCAGAGUCUGAAGGUUUGUUUUUCAUGGAGACAUCCGCGUUGGACUCAACCAACGUCAAGACAGCUUUCGAGAUGGUUAUUCGCGAGAUCUAUAGCAACAUUAGCCGUAAGCAACUGAACUCUGAUUCUUACAAAGAGGAACUAACCGUGAAUCGGGUUAGUUUGGUCAAGAACGACAACGAAGGGACAAAGACGUUUUCUUGCUGCUCGAGGUAACAUCUCUGUACCUGGCUUCUCUUUGUCCUGAGAGUUAAGUUGGUUUUGGGGGUUAACUUAUAGAAAGACAAAGACAUUCUUUUUGUUCUCAACUGAAGUUAAAGCAAAAGAGAGAAAGGGGUUUUGAGUUUCUUUGUUACAGAUACAGAAGAUAUGUUAGCAAAAUUGGAUAAGAAGUUGCGUCAGUGUAUAAGUUAAUGUUCUUAUAUCUACUUCCUACUUGUAACUUUUGUAAACUUGCGAAUCUUAAAUCAAUUUUGAUUUU